AUGGCGAAGCAUUUUCCCAAUAGUUCUGGCAAGAAAAUAACAGCAGAUAUCGUGAAAAAAAUUAGAGAUAAUGGUGUUAGAAGUCCUCUUGAGGUGAAUGCUAAAUUGAAGAUAGAAGAAACCAAGGAAGGAGCGAAUGAGACUACCUAUAAGCAGAUCAUUGGGUCGCUGAGAUUUUUAUGCAAUAGCAGGCCCGAUUCAAUGUUUAGUGUAAGUCUACUGAGUCGUUUCAUGGGAAAUCCAAAGAAAAGUCAUAUGAUGACCGUCAAACGCAUAUUAAGAUAUAUUAAAGGAAUUGCUAAUUAUGAAAUUCUGUUUCCAUAUGGUUUGCGGGAGGAUGAACUGAAGUUCGUUUGCUAUGUAGACUCUGAUUAUGGUGGAGAUCAGGUUGAGAGAAAAAGCACUUCAGGAAACAUAUUUUUCCUGAACAAAGCACAUAUUUCGAGGAGCUCAAAGAAGCAAUUCCUUAUCAAGUUGCAAAGCAGAGUACAUUACAGGAUGUUAUGCAGCGUCAAGGAAUGUGGUUACGUGAAUUGUUAA